GUUGUCAGUCACCAUUAGUUGGUGGAAAGAAAGGCGGUGGUGUCAGGGUGCUGGUCUUGGGGUGCGAGUAAAACCAGGACACCAUGUGGUCUGCCGUUGUGGUCUUCGUCCUCACGAUCCAGGCUGUGGCAGCUCAGCAAGCAAUUCGCCUGGUUGGAGGAGGAGGCCCAUGUCAAGGCAGGGUGGAGGUCCUCUAUGCUGGCUCCUGGGGCACGGUCUGUGAUGAUUACUGGAACAUCAAUGAUGCCCAGGUUGUCUGUCGCAUGGUCGGCUGUGGAGCUGCUCUUUCUGCGCCAUCAAAUGCCUACUUUGGUCGGGGCAAUGGCACCAUCUGGCUGGAUGAUGUCAGAUGCAAUGGGUCGGAGUCCUCUCUAGGAAAUUGUCCUCACCUGCCAUGGGGGCAACACAACUGUGGUCAUGGUGAAGAUGCUGGUGUCAUUUGCAGUGCUCAAACAACCUCAUCACCCACAAGGCAGCCGACAUCUCAACCAAUUGAAUCAGCGAUUUGCCUGGUUGGAGGAGGAGGCCCAUGUCAAGGCAGAGUGGAGGUCCUCUAUUCUGGGUCCUGGGGCACGGUCUGUGAUGAUUACUGGAACAUCAAUGAUGCCCAGGUUGUCUGCCGAAAGGUUGGCUGUGGAGCUGCUCUUUCUGCCCCAUCAAAUGCCUACUUUGGUCAGGGCAUUGGCCCCAUCUGGCUGGAUGAUGUCAGAUGCAAUGGUUCUGAAUCCUUCCUGGGACCAUGUUCUCAUCGCCCAUGGGGACAGCAUGACUGUAGCCACAGGGAAGAUGCUAGCGUCGUUUGCAGCGCUCAAACAAGUACAUCAACCACUACGAGGCGGCCAACAACUCAACCCCCUGAGACAGCCAUUCGCCUGGUUGGAGCAGGAGGAAGCCCAUGUCAAGGCAGAGUGGAGGUCCUCUAUGCUGGGUCCUGGGGCACGGUUUGUGAUGAUUACUGGAACAUCAAUGAUGCCCAGGUUGUCUGCCGAAAGGUCGGCUGUGGAGCUGCUCUUUCUACCCAAUCAAAUGCCUACUUUGGUCAGGGCAAUGGCACCAUCUGGCUGGAUGAUGUGACAUGCAAUGGGUUGGAGUCCUCUUUAGGAAAUUGUCCUCACCUUCCAUGGGGGCAACACAACUGUGUUCAUGCUGAAGAUGCUGGUGUCAUUUGCAGUGCUCCAACAAGCUCAUCACCCACUACAAGGCACCCGACAUCUCAACCGAUUGAGAUGGCCAUUCACCUGGUUGGCGGCGGAAGCCCAUGUCAAGGAAGGGUGGAAGUCCUCUAUGCUGGCUCCUGGGGCACGGUCUGUGAUGAUUACUGGAACAUCAAUGAUGGCCAGGUUGUCUGUCGCAUGGUCGGCUGUGGAGUUGCUCUUUCUGCCCCAUCAAAUGCCUACUUUGGUCAGGGCAAUGGCACCAUCUGGCUGGAUGAUGUCAGAUGCAACGGUUCUGAAUCCUUUCUGGGACCAUGUUCUCAUCGCCCAUGGGGACAGCAUGACUGUAGCCACAGUGAAGAUGCUAGCGUCAUUUGCAGCACUCAAACAAGUACAUCAACCACUACAAGGCAGCCAACAACCCAAGCCCCUGAGACAUCCAUUCGCCUGGUUGGAGGAGGAGGAGGCCCAUGUCAAGGCAGAGUGGAGGUCCUCUAUAAUGGCUCCUGGGGCACGGUCUGUGAUGAUUACUGGAACAUCAAUGAUGCCCAGGUUGUCUGCCGAAAGGUCGGCUGUGGAGCUGCUCUUUCUGCCCAAUCAUAUGCCUACUUUGGUCAGGGCAAUGGCACCAUCUGGCUGGAUGAUGUGACAUGCAAUGGGUCGGAGUCCUCUCUAGGAAAUUGUCCUCACCUGCCAUGGGGGCAACACAACUGUGUUCAUGCUGAAGAUGCUGGUGUCAUUUGCAGUGCUCAAACAAGUGCAUCAACCACUACAAGGCAGCCAACAACCCAAGCCCCUGAGACAGCCAUUCGCCUGGUUGGAGGAGGAGGAGGCCCAUGUCAAGGCAGAGUGGAGGUCCUCUAUAAUGGCUCCUGGGGCACGGUCUGUGAUGAUUACUGGAACAUCAAUGAUGCCCAGGUUGUCUGCCGAAAGGUCGGCUGUGGAGCUGCUCUUUCUGCCCAAUCAUAUGCCUACUUUGGUCAGGGCAAUGGCACCAUCUGGCUAGAUGAUGUGACAUGCAAUGGGUCGGAGUCCUCUUUAGGAAAUUGUCCUCACCUGCCAUGGGGGCAACACAACUGUGUUCAUGCUGAAGAUGCUGGUGUCAUUUGCAGUGCUCAAACAAGUGCAUCAACCACUACAAGGCAGCCAACAACCCAAGCCCCUGUGUGCACAGAGACAGCCAUUCGCCUGGUUGGAGGAGGAGGAGGCCCAUGUCAAGGCAGAGUGGAGGUCCUCUAUAAUGGCUCCUGGGGCACGGUCUGUGAUGAUUACUGGAACAUCAAUGAUGCCCAGGUUGUCUGCCGAAAGGUCGGCUGUGGAGCUGCUCUUUCUGCCCAAUCAUAUGCCUACUUUGGUCAGGGCAAUGGCACCAUCUGGCUGGAUGAUGUGACAUGCAAUGGGUCGGAGUCCUCUUUAGGAAAUUGUCCUCACCUGCCAUGGGGGCAACACAACUGUGUUCAUGCUGAAGAUGCUGGUGUCAUUUGCAGUGCUCAAACAAGUGCAUCAACCACUACAAGGCAGCCAACAACCCAAGCCCCUGAGACAGCCAUUCGCCUGGUUGGAGGAGGAGGAAGCCCAUGUCAAGGCAGAGUGGAGGUCCUCUUUAAUGGCUCCUGGGGCACGGUCUGUGAUGAUUACUGGGACAUGAAUGAUGCCCAGGUUGUCUGCCGAAAGAUCGGCUGUGGAGCUGCUCUUUCUGCCCCAUCAAAUGCCUACUUUGGUCGGGGCAAUGGCACCAUCUGGCUGGAUGAUGUCAGAUGCAAUGGUUCUGAAUCCUUUCUGGGACCAUGUUCUCAUCGCCCAUGGGGCCAGCAUGACUGUAGCCACAGUGAAGAUGCUAGCGUCGUUUGCAGCGCUCAAACAAGUACAUCAACCACUACAAGGCAGCCAACAACUCAACCCCCUGAGACAGCCAUUCGCCUGGUUGGAGGAGGAGGAAGCCCAUGUCAAGGCAGAGUGGAGGUCCUCUAUGCUGGGUCCUGGGGCACGGUCUGUGAUGAUUUCUGGGACAUCAAUGAUGCCCAGGUUGUCUGCCGAAAGGUCGGCUGUGGAGCUGCUCUUUCUGCCCCAUCAAAUGCCUACUUUGGUCAGGGCAAUGGCACCAUCUGGCUGGAUGAUGUGACAUGCAAUGGAUCCGAAGCCUCUCUAGGAAAUUGUCCUCACCUGCCAUGGGGGCAACACAACUGUGUUCAUGCUGAAGAUGCUGGUGUCAUUUGCAGUGCUCAAACAAGCUCAUCACCCACUACAAGGCAGCCGACUUCUCAACCAAUUGAAUCAGCGAUUCGCCUUGUUGGAGGAGGAGGCCCAUGUCAAGGCAGAGUGGAAGUCUUCUAUUCUGGGUCCUGGGGCACGGUCUGUGAUGAUUUCUGGGACAUCAUUGAUGCCCAGGUUGUCUGUCGUAUGGUCGGCUGUGGAGCUGCUCUUUCUGCCCCAUCAAAUGCCUACUUUGGUCAGGGCAUUGGCACCAUCUGGCUGGAUGAUGUCAGAUGCAAUGGUUCUGAAUCCUUUCUGGGACCAUGUUCUCAUCGCCCAUGGGGACAGCAUGACUGUAGCCACAGUGAAGAUGCUAGCGUCGUUUGCAGCGCUCAAACAAGUACAUCAACCACUACAAGGCAGCCAACAACUCAACCCCCUGAGACAGCCAUUCGCCUGGUUGGAGGAGGAGGAAGCCCAUGUCAAGGCAGAGUGGAGGUCCUCUAUGCUGGGUCCUGGGGCACGGUCUGCGAUGAUUUCUGGGACAUCAAUGAUGCCCAGGUUGUCUGCCGAAAGGUCGGCUGUGGAGCUGCUCUUUCUGCCCCAUCAAAUGCCUACUUUGGUCAGGGCAAUGGCACCAUCUGGCUGGAUGAUGUGACAUGCAAUGGAUCCGAAGCCUCUCUAGGAAAUUGUCCUCACCUUUCAUGGGGGCAACACAACUGUGUUCAUGCUGAAGAUGCUGGUGUCAUUUGCAGUGCUCAAACAAGCUCAUCACCCACUACAAGGCAGCCGACAUCUCAACCAAUUGAAUCAGCGAUUCGCCUGGUUGGAGGAGGAGGCCCAUGUCAAGGCAGAGUGGAAGUCUUCUAUUCUGGGUCCUGGGGCACGGUCUGUGAUGAUUUCUGGGACAUCAUUGAUGCCCAGGUUGUCUGUCGUAUGGUCGGCUGUGGAGCUGCUCUUUCUGCCCCAUCAAAUGCCUACUUUGGUCAGGGCAUUGGCACCAUCUGGUUGGAUGAUGUCAGAUGCAAUGGUUCUGAAUCCUUUCUGGGACCAUGUUCUCAUCGCCCAUGGGGACAGCAUGACUGUAGCCACAGUGAAGAUGCUAGCGUCGUUUGCAGCGCUCAAACAAGUACAUCAACCACUACAAGGCAGCCAACAACUCAACCCCCUGAGACAGCCAUUCGCCUGGUUGGAGGAGGAGGAAGCCCAUGUCAAGGCAGAGUGGAGGUCCUCUAUGCUGGGUCCUGGGGCACGGUCUGCGAUGAUUUCUGGGACAUCAAUGAUGCCCAGGUUGUCUGCCGAAAGGUCGGCUGUGGAGCUGCUCUUUCUGCCCCAUCAAAUGCCUACUUUGGUCAGGGCAAUGGCAUCAUCUGGCUGGAUGAUGUGACAUGCAAUGGAUCCGAAGCCUCUCUAGGAAAUUGUCCUCACCUUUCAUGGGGGCAACACAACUGUGUUCAUGCUGAAGAUGCUGGUGUCAUUUGCAGUGCUCAAACAAGCUCAUCACCCACUACAAGGCAGCCGACAUCUCAACCAAUUGAAUCAGCGAUUCGCCUGGUUGGAGGAGGAGGCCCAUGUCAAGGCAGAGUGGAAGUCUUCUAUUCUGGGUCCUGGGGCACGGUCUGUGAUGAUUUCUGGGACAUCAUUGAUGCCCAGGUUGUCUGUCGUAUGGUCGGCUGUGGAGCUGCUCUUUCUGCCCCAUCAAAUGCCUACUUUGGUCAGGGCAUUGGCACCAUCUGGCUGGAUGAUGUCAGAUGCAAUGGUUCUGAAUCCUUUCUGGGACCAUGUUCUCAUCGCCCAUGGGGACAGCAUGACUGUAGCCACAGUGAAGAUGCUAGCGUCGUUUGCAGCGCUCAAACAAGUACAUCAACCACUACAAGGCAGCCAACAACUCAACCCCCUGAGACAGCCAUUCGCCUGGUUGGAGGAGGAGGAAGCCCAUGUCAAGGCAGAGUGGAGGUCCUCUAUGCUGGGUCCUGGGGCACGGUCUGCGAUGAUUUCUGGGACAUCAAUGAUGCCCAGGUUGUCUGCCGAAAGGUCGGCUGUGGAGCUGCUCUUUCUGCCCCAUCAAAUGCCUACUUUGGUCAGGGCAAUGGCACCAUCUGGCUGGAUGAUGUGACAUGCAAUGGAUCCGAAGCCUCUCUAGGAAAUUGUCCUCACCUUUUAUGGGGGCAACACAACUGUGUUCAUGCUGAAGAUGCUGGUGUCAUUUGCAGUGCUCAAACAAGCUCAUCACCCACUACAAGGCAGCCGACAUCUCAACCAAUUGAAUCAGCGAUUCGCCUGGUUGGAGGAGGAGGCCCAUGUCAAGGCAGAGUGGAAGUCUUCUAUUCUGGGUCCUGGGGCACGGUCUGUGAUGAUUUCUGGGACAUCAUUGAUGCCCAGGUUGUCUGUCGUAUGGUCGGCUGUGGAGCUGCUCUUUCUGCCCCAUCAAAUGCCUACUUUGGUCAGGGCAUUGGCACCAUCUGGCUGGAUGAUGUCAGAUGCAAUGGUUCUGAAUCCUUUCUGGGACCAUGUUCUCAUCGCCCAUGGGGACAGCAUGACUGUAGCCACAGUGAAGAUGCUAGCGUCGUUUGCAGCGCUCAAACAAGUACAUCAACCACUACAAGGCAGCCAACAACUCAACCCCCUGAGACAGCCAUUCGCCUGGUUGGAGGAGGAGGAAGCCCAUGUCAAGGCAGAGUGGAGGUCCUCUAUGCUGGGUCCUGGGGCACGGUCUGUGAUGAUUUCUGGGACAUCAAUGAUGCGCAGGUUGUCUGCCGAAAGGUCGGCUGUGGAGCUGCUCUUUCUGCCCCAUCAAAUGCCUACUUUGGUCAGGGCAAUGGCACCAUCUGGCUGGAUGAUGUGACAUGCAAUGGAUCCGAAGCCUCUCUAGGAAAUUGUCCUCACCUUUUAUGGGGGCAACACAACUGUGUUCAUGCUGAAGAUGCUGGUGUCAUUUGCAGUGCUCAAACAAGCUCAUCACCCACUACAAGGCAGCCGACAUCUCAACCAAUUGAAUCAGCGAUUCGCCUGGUUGGAGGAGGAGGCCCAUGUCAAGGCAGAGUGGAAGUCCUCUAUUCUGGGUCCUGGGGCACGGUCUGUGAUGAUUUCUGGGACAUCAUUGAUGCCCAGGUUGUCUGUCGUAUGGUCGGCUGUGGAGCUGCUCUUUCUGCCCCAUCAAAUGCCUACUUUGGUCAGGGCAUUGGCACCAUCUGGCUGGAUGAUGUCAGAUGCAAUGGUUCUGAAUCCUUUCUGGGACCAUGUUCUCAUCGCCCAUGGGGACAGCAUGACUGUAGCCACAGUGAAGAUGCUAGCGUCGUUUGCAGCGCUCAAACAAGUACAUCAACCACUACAAGGCAGCCAACAACUCAACCCCCUGAGACAGCCAUUCGCCUGGUUGGAGGAAGCCCAUGUCAAGGCAGAGUGGAGGUCCUCUAUGCUGGGUCCUGGGGCACGGUCUGUGAUGAUUUCUGGGACAUCAAUGAUGCCCAGGUUGUCUGCCGAAAGGUCGGCUGUGGAGCUGCUCUUUCUGCCCAAUCAAAUGCCUACUUUGGUCAGGGCAAUGGCACCAUCUGGCUGGAUGAUGUGACAUGCAAUGGGUCGGAGUCCUCUUUAGGAAAUUGUCCUCACCUGCCAUGGGGGCAACACAACUGUGUUCAUGCUGAAGAUGCUGGUGUCAUUUGCAGUGAUCCAACCAUUCGCCUGGUUGGAGGAGGAGGGCCAUGUCAAGGCAGAGUGGAGGUCCUCUUUGAUGGUUCCUGGGGCACGGUCUGUGAUGAUUCCUGGGAUAUUAACGAUGCCCAGGUCGUCUGUCGCAUGGUCGGCUGUGGGGCUGCUAUUUCUGCCCCACAAGUUGCCUACUUUGGUCAGGGCAAUGGCCCCAUAUGGCUGGAUGAUGUCAGUUGCACUGGUUCUGAAUCCAUCCUGGGAUCAUGUUCUCAUCGCCCAUGGGGGCAGCAUGACUGCAGCCACAUUGAAGAUGCAAGUGUCAUUUGCAGUGCCAAUCGCCGGUGCUCUACAGAGCUUAGUAAUGCAAAUGGAACGAUUCUUUCAAGUAACUUUGGCAGCCAGUGUGGUGGGAGUACGCCUUACACGUGGAUGAUAACAGCAUCUCCUGGCAAAGUUCUACUUCUUCAGUUUACCUUGUUGAGUCUAUCCUGUGACUGCUUGAAUGAACGUGUGGACAUUUACGAUGGAAACAUCACAACCUCUGACACUAAAUUGGCAACAUUCUGUGGAUCAGAUGUCCCACCUGCAAUCAGAUCUCUCUACUCAAACAUAACCUUGGUUUGGACUAAGCAACAAGUAUUGGCAGGGAGAGGGUUUCAAGUGACGUAUACGUCCGUGACACCCUUGGAUCCCAUUCGUGCAUGUGGCCAGGGCUCUCUCAUUCAGACUCCUUGGCUUGCCAGUCUGGUCAAUGGAAACGUUACAUGUGAUGCAACACUCAUCGGCGAUAGAUGGCUGAUAACAGCCGCUCACUGUACCCAGAAUGCCAGCCUGCAGGUUCAAGGUUGGCAGGCUCUGCUGGGCCAGUACCCAGUCAAUGGUGUCGUUCGCUUCCUACACAAGUUUGCGGUGCGGAGAAUCAUCGCACAUGGGCAAUUCUCCACAUCACUCCCACAGGACUAUGACUUGGCCCUGGUGGAGUUGGCACGCCGUGUACCCAUUUCAGACAUCGCCUCACCGGCUUGCGUCCCAUCAGACAGCCCUAGUUUCCCCAGCACAACAACAACUUGCUACUUGACCUCCUACCCCGCCUUUGCAAGCGGUGUUACAGUUCGCAUCGUCCCACAAAUAACCUGUGCAUCGUCGAGCAAUUAUGGAUCAUCGGUGAAUGUGAGGAUGCUCUGUGCUGAUGUCUCUAGUUACCCAUCUGCAUGUUGGGGCAACAAAGGAGGGGCAGUCUCCUGCUUGAACACUGAUGGGCGGUUGUACGUGGUGGGGCUCGCCAGCUGGGGCCGCCAGUGCUCCCAGCCAGGCACUCCAGGAGUGUUCACCUUUAUCUCCAAGUACAGCACCUGGAUUAGCCAGCAGCAGCAGCAGGUGUAGAACAAACAUUGGUGGCAUCCACCUGCGGUACUGCGCACUAAUUUCCCCUCGCUUGGGGCUGUGGAUCAAGUACUCGGACAGCAAACGGAAUAGCAAAUAAUGUGCACUCACCACUCCCUCUUACAACGUACCCCUCUUCAACACUCCUUAUUGUAAUCACGCCAGUGUUGUACUGCACACCUCAAACUCGUUUUAGUAAGGCGUCACGUCUAAAUGUUAACGAUUGACACACUGAUCAACUGGUAAAAGGUUUAAAACAAUACAUGAAUGCAUGAUCAACCAAAUUUCUGAAAACAUGCAAUUUCAAAGUGUGCAUUUAGUUUAUAUAAUGCUGCUUAUAGAUCAGUUAUUUGUUAAGACAUGUUUGACACAUAAUCGACAUUGACAUCCUUGUUUGCGCACGAUAUGCUUAAUUAUCUAAGAAUUAUCUGUCAUUGCCAAAAGCCAUUUAUCCACUAACCAACUUACAAAUUCCUCAUCAGUGCUGUGACGGAUGUAAAUUAUGUAACCAAAUGCAGAUGAUGCCAUCCAAUUUAAAAUAACUCAGUCACUCGAAUGUCACCUUACAUUGCGUCGUAUUACAUUGUAUAAUACAAUUAACCUUGAAUACAUGUAAGUAGCAAUAUGGUUUAUAUUACCACUCGGCAUAUGAUGGGCACUACGAAAGUAUCUACAUAUAAUGUAUUGUCUCCACAUAGUGCGGCAUAUUCUCACAGUAACUAAUUUUACAUCGGACAUGAUCCACUUCACUGCUACUCCAUUCUAAUCUUUUUCUGAGGCAAUAUAUAACAUUGCCAUAUGCAAUUAUUACUUAGAUUUACGGAAAUUUAGCAUGUAUUACUAAUUAACCCAAUUUAAACCUCAAAAUAAUCUUGAAGUACCAUAUUUCGCUAACUUCCUUAUGCAAUUCGUUUUUUGUGAGGAAGUUAAGGCAUCUUAAAUCCUGUCAAGCAUGGUAUAUUUUGUUCUCUUGUGUGAUUUCACAAUGAAUAUUUUCUGUCGUUCAAUGCAUCCAAUGAAUCUGAAACGUGCAUGUUUACUAUGAUUUUACGAUUAUUAUUGGUGACAGGGAUAAAAAAAUAAUAUUUAUUAGUUUUAAAUAAUUCAGUGUAUUAUGAAUAUAGAAUAAAGCAAUACAAAGCA